AUGUCUUUUCAGAAAUCUUGGCGAUUGCCACGUUCGAUCAAAUAUUUCCGCUCUCCGUUAGCUGUCGACGAUAGCAGAGUUUCUAAAGCCAUUCUCAAACAGUUAAAUUUUAAACCAGUUAUUAAAAUGUCAUUCAGUUUUAAUCCAUUAAUACAGAAAACAGAGUCUAUUAGACAACUUUGUAGCAUACUCAGUGAACCGAGGUGGCGAGCAUCCAAUACUAAUAUGCUAGUAAAGAUCAAUGUACUCUCAGACAGUAGCCCUCCUGAAGUUGAAAUUUCAUAUGAUAAUGGCCAUAUCCUUAUCUUGAAGACAGAAAAUUUAAGCCUUCGAGAGACAAUAGAAAUCAUUAUUACACAUACAAGGAUCAUUAUGACAGAAUAG